GAGUGAUAGUUCCGGCAACAACCAUGGCAAUACAAAAUCCCAGCGACCCAAUUCCAACACAAAAUCCCGACCCAACUCCAAUAUGGAUCAGCUGUAACCACUGCCGUCGACGCUUUGUUAGCAUGCAAAACAUUCAAGCUGUUGUUGUACAAGCCAGGGAUCCCAGUUCUAUCUACUAUGUGGCUGAUGAUUCUUUUCGCAUAUUCCGUCCUGGCGUAUUCAGUCAUCCCAAAGAAGUAAGUUUUGAAUGGAUUAGGGCUGCCAAUCAGACGACUAAUCUUGUCGUGGGCCGUAUGUACUGUUCCAAAUGCGCACAACCUGCUGGCUGGAAAGUCCUUGAGGGGAGCCAAUGGCACCCUGCUAUCCGUACAGGCCAGGUUUUGCUGCCAGUUCCUCCUGCUCGUCCUCGUUACUAAGAAUCUCAAUGCAGUUGUCCAAUGUGAUAAACACGUUCUAUGGAUGUCCCUCUUGCUUCACCGGCUUCGGUUCGAGACAUGACGUUAUCUGCCCAGUGCCCAGUACUAUGCAUCGAUGCAGAGUGAAUCUAAGCUAUGGAGGAGUACAAAGUCGAUUUCAUGCUAUGGAGGAGUACAAAGUGAAUCCAUGUAUCGAUGCAGAAUGAAUCUAAGCUAUAGAGGUUAUGUUGUAAAU